AUGACGUAUCCCAAUGACAAUGCUUCGUCAGACUCAACCCAGGAAAAGUCGAAUGAAACCGAAAAACAGAAAUCGCAUCGAACAGUGGCGCCUCCUCCGCAAUUAGUUUGCUCAGUAUCGACAACUUCCCGCGAAGUCCCUGGGCAGGAUAAUGUACAAAACUAUCUCAAGACACAGGCCCAUAUGACACACACUGCACAGGGAGCUGCACCCUCCUCCUUCAAUAUGCAGGACAUGAGAUCAGCGUUGCCUGGAUAUCAAUCUCAUUCUAUUAUUUAUGAGCAACAUCAUAUUCAACAACCAUUCGUUCACACGGCUCAUCCCCACGGUGUCAUAUACGCAAUGCCUCCUUUGCCCUCGUUUCAUGGGGCGACAAUAGGUGCAAAUAUGACUUACAACACUCAUUUUAACCAGGUUUACCCGUCCUAUCUUCAGCGACAACACGAGAAUCUACUUCUACCUCAUGGUGCGACGGGGUAUCAAUCCUUGGUACCGCAUUCACCCUCUCACCUGAACGUUCAUAUUCCGGGCCAAGCAUCCGGUUAUGGGCCUAACUAUUAUUCUCAGACUGCAUACACAGGCACACUUGGACAUGGACCGGGUCCCCCGACUACGUCUUCUUCAGCUCAAGUGCAGUCACGUGUUGAUUUUCAGAACAUGCAGGGCCCACCUAUCAAGAUUGCAUCGCGUCUGGGGAAAGAAACUAGCCAACGGCGUCUGGAUAUGGAAUAUGAUGUCUCGAAGACAAUUGUAGACGGAUCGACUCCUAUGAGGCCGAUCCCCAUUCAAACCUCUCCGGCGGAUUCAACCUCGCAUUCACCUGUAUCAAGCGCCCCAAGGGGGUCGCCGCGAAAGCCAAAGCAGUCUGGACAUGCACUCUGGGUCGGUAAUCUUCCUCCUGGUACAAAUGUUGUUGACCUGAAAGACUACUUUUCUCAGGGUGCCACGAAGGAGCUGGAGAGCGUCUUUCUCAUAUCUAAGAGCAACUGUGCCUUUAUUAACUACAGAACAGAGACAGCCUGUUCCGCAGCGCUGUCAAGAUUCAAUGAUUCCAGGUUCCAUGGAGCGCGUCUUGUAUGUCGGCUACGCCAGGGGACUGUUUCCCCGGGAUCCAAUCCUGAUUCUAUAGGUUCCCCUACCCCUACUUUAUGCCACGAUGGUGAUGCCAAGCUAUCGAACACUGAGGUUGAGAGAGCUGGUGCAGAAAGUAGGCCGUCACGCACUCGGGUUCCUAGCAGGUACUUCAUAGUUAAAAGCUUAACUGUUGAUGACCUCGAACUCAGUCGACAGAGCAACAUCUGGGCAACUCAAACUCACAACGAAGAACAGCUAAAUCAGGCUUACGAGAACGCAGAUGAUGUCUAUCUUAUUUUUUCUGCCAAUAAGUCGGGUGAAUAUUACGGGUACGCCCGUAUGAUGUCACCCAUACAAGACGACGAGACUUUGACAUUGGAAAUGCCCCCACGAUUGGAUAACCCUGAUCCUGAGGCUUUAGACGUGACACCUACACCAGCAACAUCCACUGCACCUGAUGGACGAAUCAUUAAUGACUCUGCGCGGGGAACUAUCUUCUGGGAGGCCGCAUCCUCGGAAGAUGAAAGCGGCAUGGGAAAGGAAAAGGCCACCCCUGAAAGAGUAGAAGAACCUACAAAUAUUGGAACCCAAUUGAUUGGAAAGCCGUUCAGAAUACGGUGGCUUUCGGCUACACGGGUCCCCUUUCACCGUACUAGAGGCCUGCGCAAUCCCUGGAAUUCGAAUCGAGAAGUCAAGAUUGCUCGUGAUGGUACGGAGAUCGAGCCGGAGGUAGGAUGGAAACUUCUGCAGCUGUUCCACUCCCAAUUUCAACAAUAG